AUGCUCAAUGUGCUUUCCAGUGCCGCUCCAGCCGCGCUCGCAAUGGCUGUGGUGGCGAGGCCCGUCCCACUCGACCUCAUCUUUCAGCGAUGCAAGCUUAACCUCGUUGAGUUCACCGCGCAGGACAUUUAUCAAGUCUGCACGACGGCGUACAACAUGGACACGAUCGGCAUGACACAAGAUUCAGACUUCAUGCGAGGAAUUCACGAUGCUUUCCGCCGCUCUGACCAGACGGUGCUCUCGCCUUUUCAAGCAAACCUCAUCUCUGACACAUUCCGCAAGGUUGGCAUUAUCAGUACCCCCAACGAGGUUGCCGUGCCGGAGGAGGACGCGAUCUCACCGGAGUCGCUGAUCCUAGUGCUUCGCACCAUGAACAUCACAAAGCAGCGCGACGAACGCAAAAUGAACACAGUACUGAAAUUAAUGUUUCCUAUUCUUGAUGAAUUUAGUCCGACACAGCUCUCCCUCACUGUUGCAGAGUUGUCGCGACUUAAGUGCACAAAUACGGACUUCCUUGGCAAGCUGGCAAAACGCAUUAUUGAGUCAAAUGAUGACCUCAGUGCCCUUGACAUAUCGCUGACAGCAAUGAGCCUUUCGUAUUGCUCGGGAGUGUCGCACAACAUACUGCGUCGUGUGCUUCAACUUGUGGAGGAGCGAAUGGGCGAGUUUCAGCCAGAAGACUACGUCAAUGUAUUGUACGCUCUCAACGCGCUGGGCCCCAAAUUUGUGAGUACCUUCCGGCGACUCGUGGAAUGUGGUUUGGAUCACGUGGAGAAUAUGGACGCUGUGUCACUAGCGAAUUACCUUGUGUGCUUCACCACGAUGGAUUACAAACAACGCGAACAUAUUGAGAUCUAUGCGGAUGCUAUGGUGGAAGUGGCUCAGGACCUCUCUGAGAGAGAACUAGUACAGGCAUUCAUUGCGCUGCAGCGACUCGGAUUACUUAGUGAUGCUAUGUUCGGUACAAUGGCGUCGUGCACAAUGCGAUAUGCGCCCAAGUUGGACCCGCGCAACAUUGCGCCUGUGAUGGACAUUUGCAGCACCGUUCCGCACGCCUCAGAUCCCCUAAUGAAGUCUCUCAUGGACCGUGCCGCGGAGUGUACCCGCGUCCUGACACCAAACCAGCUCGGCGAUAUCCUCGACAUCAUCGGUCUCUAUCCCCCGGCGAGGGAGCACCCACUCGUGCAGUUGUUCGGUAAACAGGCGCGUCUUCGUCUCGACUUGAUGGGACCCGAUGCACUCGCUGGAACCACGCGUGGGCUGGCAAACCUUGGCUACGCUGAUCCAGAGUUGUAUGUGCAGGCCGCUGAGACCGGCUUCCGCUACGGUUUCAAGGACUGGUCGCUGCUGGAGCCGAUCCUCAUGGGGCUCAGCAUAACAUCACAGUGCCCACCGUACAUGGUGCGGGUGCUCGCCUCGCACAUGGCGCCGAUGGCCCGCUCGAUGAGCCUAGCAGAGAUUGAGCGUGCGAACCACUACAUGAAGCGACUUGGUUGUGAAGAGGACUUCGUGUUCAAGGCUAUGGCCACGCGUGUGCUUCAGUUCGUCAAGGAGGUCACGCCUGAUAUGCCGGAAGACUUGCAAAUCCUGUUGCAGCGGAGCGCAGUGGAGCCUCUUAGUGCGACACCAGGGGUGCUGUAG